AUGGCGCGUCCGCGCUCGGUUGUGUUCGUCUCACCUUGUUCGUCGCCGCACGCAUGCGCCGCUGGGGGUUUCUGCCUCUGCGGUUCCCUGCUGUUCUCAUGUGAUUUCGUCGUGGCUUGCCGUGUUGACGGAGGGGAUGAAAUUUCUGCGCAACAAUGUGGGAGCCUCGGGAGCGCCGGGCAGAUGAAAUUCCAGCUCUCUGAUCGUCCCCUCCAUGUGCCGCCCAUUCCAUCACAUUCUAUUUCUAGCUUUGCCUUUCGAAGAAAAUCUUUGGCACAAAUCUCUUGCAUGGCUGGGCUGGGUAGCUUCGUAUCCGGUACAGUCCGUGUCGUGGCAUUCGCAUCUACAAACUCAAGCGAAGAAACCAGCGGGGCAGGAACCAGAGGCAGCAUGGAGCGCGUGAAGCACGAGAACUUUUGCCGCGCCGUCGCGGAGGACAACACAGCGCUCCUCCUCUCGGCGGUGGGGAACUUCAGGAAGGAGGCCAUGUGCCGCAUCCGCAAGGGCUCCGACGCCUCGAGGGUGCUGGACCAGGAGAUGUCCGCGAGGCUACUCCACCUCGCCUGCAAGCACGACGCGGUGGAGUGCGCGAGGCUGCUCCUAGAGGGCGGCAGCGGGAUCACGGCGGCCCCCAUUGACGCAAGGGACCAGCUUACGCGGACGCCGCUCCACGUCGCAGCUGAGACCCACUCGGCCAGGUGCAUAGAGCUGUUACUCUCCAAGAACGCCCGCACUGAUCUCAGGGUGGUUGACGGGAGACCACUUCUCCCACUUGAGAUCGCGCUAAUGAGUAGGAGAGUUCAAACUAACUGGUCGGUGGACAACCCAAUUGAGGAUCUUCUGUCUUUUCUUAAACAAAGGGAUCUCAAUGCAAUAAGGCUCCUGGCAGAGAAAACCAGAGUGGUUGGGGAGCUUGCUUACAGAUACGCCAUGGAAGGAAGUGUCCCUGCAUUGGCAAUGCUGCUUCUGGUGGUUGAAGAGAAGAUAUCGUCACAAGUGAGUGUGGUGAUAGAGGGCGUCAGAACAAAGCGCUCAAUCUACAACUCCAUUGUGGAUGAGGCUUUAUCAAUGGGAGAUGCUUCAGCUCGUGAUGGAAAUGAAAGGAGAAAGGCCCUGCUCUGUGAGAUUCAGCUGCUUAACCAAUUUGGAUCGGCAUCAUGGAGGGACCACAAUGACAGGAGAACAUUACCCCCUCUACUGAGAGCUGCUAAGGUUGGAGAUAUGAAUGUCAUAAAGAUGCUCCUGAUGGGGAAUGUUGAUGUCAAUGAAGCCGACUCUGAAGGGAACACAGCACUUCACUGGUGCCUUAGUGGUGCUUCAUGUACCAAGGAGCCAAGGAUUGUGUGGCUUCUGCUCAAGAAUGGCGCAAGAGUUUUCCAGGGGAACAAAUUAGGACUCACACCAGUACACAGCGCUGCAGCUAAGGGCAAUUACAAAGCUCUUCAGUCACUUCUGCUACAUGCCCAAGAUUGUGUUGAUAUACCUACCAAGACCAAAGAAACCCCAUUAUUCUUUGCAGUGAAGAAUGGUUAUGUGGAUUGUGCAAAACUUCUUUUGCGUUUUGGGGCUGAUACCAAAGCCCGGAACCUGAGAAAGCAAAGACCAAUUGACGUGGCAACAUCCCAGGACAUGCGUUUCAUUCUUAGCUCUGCAAAUGUGUUACCUUCUUCAGGGAACCAUAGCUCACCUCAAAAGAAUCGUGUAAUGAGAAAGGAAAUUUACAAAGAGCUUCUUGGGGAUGAAUUUGAUGAUCUUGUUAAGGAUUACUGUGAUGAAAGCUACACUGGGCUUAAGACAUCAGUAGGCCAAUGUGAUUUCCGGUCCAGUAAUCGUUCUGCACAAGGGCCUAAGAGUAAGAGCCAAUAUGUUCCAAAACAAGCACAAGGUUCAAAGUUUAUUCCUCGGAACAAUCAUUGGCCCAAGCAUGACUACACUCGCAAAAUUUUUGUUGGGGGCCUCCCACCUUCAGUAGACUCUGAGUACCUUAUUGAAUUCUUCAAUGCUGAAUUUGGUCCUGUGGAGGAAGCAGCAGUCAUCGGGAUACCAAUUGGCAACCGAGUUCAGUCUCGAGGUUUUGGCUUUGUAAAAUUUGAGAGAGAGGAGGAUAUGAUAAGUGCAAAGGAAGCUCAUCAUGUUUACAUGCUUGGGAAGAGAGUAGAGGUAAAGGAUGCUGUUGCUAGAGCAUACUUGCCUUUAGAAGACCAAAGAUAUACUUCUUUGAGGCAAUUCACCAAGGAGCGCCCAAAGGUCCACAGGGUGCUGGAUGGUGAACUGACUGAGGAACACAACCUCCAGAAGCGGCGACCAUUGCCAGAAAAAUGCCUUCCAUCUUGGUUCUUUAUAUUCAGGAAGUGGUUGCCAGGAUUUCUUGAGGAUGAAACAGCACGACUUGGAGGAGAGAUGUAUCCGUUGAGCUCUCUGAAGGGUGAUUUCAGAGCAACUUGCAGGAUGGAGCUUGAUCACACCGCACUUGGUUAUCCUAAGCUAAGUGACUUUAUGCGCUCCCUCCCUGGCAUCUGCAGAAUGUGUGUAGUUCCUGUUGGAAGUGGACCUGCAACGCACAUGGUCCUCCUUCCACCACUCUCACGACCGAAGUAUGUACCCUUGCUAGAGCCUUGCUCCUUUGAUCAUGACGAGCUUGCAGAAUCAGUGUCAGAUCAUCACUCCCCAAGAUCACCGCUUAAUGCCAACAUCGCGGAUGACUCCCCACAUAACUCUGACAGCCAGCAGGGUGAUGAUGCAUGCAGUGAGACCAAUGUUCAGAUCCAGCAAGUUGAUGAUGCAUGCAGUGAGACUUGUGUUCAGAGUCAGCAUGGCCAUGAGAGCAGCAGGAGCAGUGCUGAAAGCCAGCAGGAUGGAAGUUCCUCUGACAAUGGUAGCUUACUGGACGAUAUUCCUGUCAGUACUACAAAGCUUGAUCUGAUUGAGUCUGUAACUUCAGUAAAGCCUGCUCUGAUUGAAUCUGUACCUCCAAGAAAGCCUGAUCUAAUUGAAUCUGUACCUCCAAGAAAGCCUGAUUUGGUUGAGUGUGUACCUGCAAGGCCCAGAUUGAUUGAGUCUGGGUUUCUUCCUCAAAAGAAUGAUUCUGGACCUAUACCGAAGCCUAAUUUGCUUGAGUUUGGACCUUCAAGAAAGCUUGAGUUGAUUGAGUCCAGGCCUUCAGCAUGCUUCAUUGAUCGUCCUUUUGAAAGGCCAGCAGUUACUCCCAGCAGCUGCGAGGGUGAAAUGAGAUUCUCUUUCUUCCAGUCUCAGUGGGACAAGUACCUGACUCCAUAUCCCAGGAGUGACUGCUGCAUCAUAUGUCGAUCUUGUGAAGCUGGGAUGCAGCUUGUCCCCUGCCUUCAUAAGAUCUGUGUUGCCUGCAUGAUGAGGUGCAAUGUCAGAGCAUGCAUGGUUUGUGGCACUUCUGUAAGUGGAGUUAAGUCAUCCCCUGCAGUGGAUGCAACAUACAGAUACAUGGGACUCACGGAGCGUGCUUUAGAUCAAAGGUGUCAGUUGAUGGUUGUCUGCCGUGGAGCUGAGGCAAUCGUCAGAUGCUCACCAUGUAUGCACACCAUCGCUUGCCGGGGAUGCUUCCUUGCCUCAGUGACACUACUGAAGUCCUGCACCACCUGUGGCUUCAUGGUUGAGCACUUCAAGAUCGUUUGA